CUCUCCAUCUCCUUUUUACACCCAUUCGCCAUAAUGUCGGAGACCCUCCAAGAACUUGCUGAUAUCCCCAAGGACUUUGUCCGGGAGGGUACCCUCUUCAUUCGCCGUUGCACCAAGCCCGACAAGCGCGAGUUCAUCAAGAUCAGCCAGGCCGUUGGCAUGGGCUUCCUGGUCAUGGGCGCCAUUGGAUACUUUGUCAAGCUGAUCCACAUUCCCGUCAACCAGGUCCUCGUGGGCGGCGCAUAAAUGUGACAACUCAUCGAGAAUUACAUCGGACAUCUCCCGCCGAACAAAUUGGGGCACGAGGAAGGGAUCGCCCAUACAACCCGAAUAUACGCAGUUGAGAAAAUCCAACCAACGGCUCUGUCGUUGGGUGGGCAUUGGAUAAAGGGGGUGCGGAUUUGAACACCUCGGGUUCCAACUCGAGCAGCUCCAUAUUUUGUCUUGCCGGUGGCACUGUCACUCUGGCGCUUUGUUUUGGGUGCGAUGAGAGGGAGUGCCUCAUCGUCACCCUUGAGAUACCACAUAUCAUUGUUCCUGUACCAAUAGGGGUUCCUUUUAUUUUGAUUUAAUCAAUGGCCCUUCGAAAACA